AUGAGUGGAAGGAACAGUAUGAUGAUGAAUCCUCUGCUACGAACUAUUGAAAAGUCACGCGCCCGUCUUGCCCGGCCCACUCGAUCCCUGUGCGGAUCAUUCCAUCAUUCCGUCUCUCUCUCCAAGCCCGAUGCUUUCAAAGUCCAACGAUAUCCAGAUUGA